AUGAAGAGCCAAACGCUGGAUGUCAGCGAAAGUGUGCUUUUUUGUGCAAUACUAACGGUACACGUGACUGGGGUAGUCACAAACUCCCUCAACGUGCGGGUCUUUCUGCGCCAAGGAGUCAGCUCCGACAGUACCACGGUGUCGAUGUUUGCACUGGCCGUAUCCAACCUGUUAGGUUCUCUUCUCAUUAUCCCAAAGGCUUUGUGCUUUUACGUAGACAAAUAUGUUCAGAUAGAAAACUACGCGGAAGAUUCUUGCAAUACUUGGAGUGAACUGACUCUUGCCUAUCCACACAUUAUGUUCUCUAGAAUCACCUGCUGGAUAAUUGUGUAUAUUUCAGUAGAGAGGGCGUUGAGUGUACUUAUUCCUCUGAGAGUAAAGCUUUUCAUCACAUCAAAAACUGCAUCAUUUGUGAUGCUGACCAUCUAUGUGUUUUAUAUCUGUUUCCACGUACCAUUCGGCGCUAAUGUUCGCAUUGUUUUGGCACAGGAGCCGGCCAUCAACGGAACUGUGACUGCCAUCUCACAGGAAACAGCUUUGGGGAAAGUGUUUUUGAAGAUAAACAGCCUGCUUGGCAAUACGAUUCUAACCACGACAGCAAUGAUUAUCAUUGCUGUAACAACCGUUGUUAUGUUACGGCGUCUUCGGUCUUUGGGAAAGUGGAGAAAUGCACAGCCCUCAUCAGUGAUGGUUUUCUCACUAGAAUCUGCGAUGCCUGCAGUACACGUAUCACCAUAUGUGUCUAUGUCUAGAAAGGAUAAAGAGGUUAUUAAAAUGGUGUCUACAAUAACAGGAGUGUACCUGGUGUGUUUAAGUGGCAGCCAUGUUCCCGGUAUGUGUAUCUGUUUCAUUCCUGAAAUGUAUUUAAAUGGUGUCAACUCUGCAUUGUUCCAUCUGGCGUAUUCUCUCAAGUAUUUAUUUGAUGGCAUUAACUCGUCGGUUAAUUUCUUUUUCUACUUUCGUUUGAGCCGCAAAUAUAGAGAUACAUUUUGUAAAUUAUUUAGCUCUAGCAAAUGGACAACAGAUCGCUGA